UGAUUAAAAGCAAACCGACGCACUGAGAAACUUCGCUGCCACUUGUACUCUUCCAGCUUUUGCGCUCUCCUGUCUUCCCCAGUAAAGGGAGAAUUCGCAGAGGAUUCAUGGUGGCCACGGCUGGUACGGAUCGCUUGAUCCGUAAGAUCCACGCUUGCUUUCGCCCCGCUCCUCUUCCCCCAGGUCCAGUUUCUUUUGUGAGGCACUUCUCAUAUAAGGACAUAAAGAAGGCAACGGACAGCUUUUGCAGGAUCAUCUAUAGCGAUGCUCAUGGGGCGGCUUACAGAGCCAACUUCAGUGAUGCGGGGCUUGCGUUGGUGAAAGAGGUUAAGGAAUUUGAUCAGAGUAAAGAGGUCUUCUACAGAGAAGUGCAGCUCUUAGGCCGUUUGCAUCACCGCCACCUCCUUGCACUUAGAGGGUUCUGUAUGGGGCAAAAAAGUUCUACACCUUGCAGUUUGUUAGUGUUCGACAAUGUUGAGAAUGGUAGCUUGAAGGACCAUCUCAAUGAUCCUCUUAGGACUCCUUUGACUUGGAGAACGAGACUACAGAUAGCCAAUGGUGUAGCGGCUGCAUUGGAAUAUUUGCUCCUAUUUAAUGAUCCCCCAGUAUAUCAUGUAUCUGUCAGCGCAAGCAAUAUCAUGUUGGAUGAGAACUUCAUUGCCAAGCUAUCCAAUGUUGGUUUUCUUGGUUCUUCUGGGAAUCACACCGGAACUUCUCAUCCCACAGAUUGUAUCGAGGCAGAAUGCAGAAACAUUAUUUUCCAGCUCGGCGUGCUGAUCCUGGAGCUCAUCACGGGACAAUCAUCUGAAAAGGAAGGGGCCGAUCUAAUUCAGUGGGUUCAAGAAAAUCAUUUGGGUAGCUCCAUCUAUAAGCUGAUAGACCCAGAUCUCGGAAAUGACUACGAUUCAAGGGAGCUAAGAAACCUCCUGGACGUAGGGAGACUUUGUAUCAAAUCAAGGGACAAGCCGGUGUUGUCGCCUGCCAGAUUGUUUCGGUACCUCCAGAAGAAGAUAGAUUCUCCAAUCAGUUAGUUCUUGAAGCCAUUCGUUUAUAUUACUUCGUUGGUUGUGUAAAUUCAUGCCUAUCAUCUCUAGCUGUAUCUAUCUUCUCUUUCUUUUCUUCCCCUUAUUCUUUCGAUUUGAGAAUUAGAUGAUGAUAAAGCACAUGCGAGGGCAUACUGCUGGGCAUGUCACGCAGGUUUAUAGCAGAUAAUGAAAGGCUCUAGCGACUGAUAA